GAGAAACGUUCACGCACUCUUGCGCACGUUCGGUAUCGCAGUUUCAACUAAUCGAAUAAAGUAUUAAGUGUAGUGCGAGAAUAAAUUUAAAUUCAUUGAUCGGACUCUCAAAUUAUUCCGAAAGUCUAAUCCUACUGAAGGAUGAUAAUCGAAGUCCUGAUAGCCGGGGCAGUAGCCCUGGUGGUGUGGCUGCUAUUCUUCAAAGAGGAGGAGGAUCCACUGGACAAGUUACCUGGCCCUAAACGACUGCCCAUCAUUGGAAACUCUUGGGAACUGUUCCAAUCGCCUCCUGAUAAGUUACUGGAUGUGAUGGUGGGCUACACGAAACAAUAUGGAGAACGUUACGUGUUCAAGGUGAUGGGCCUCAGGGUGCUUCAUAUUUCUGGACCUGCUGAUAUUGAGGUGGUACUGGCACAUUCCAAGAACAUUAAGAAGAGCGUUCCUUACGAAUUCCUGAAGGAUUGGCUCGGCGCUGGAUUGCUGUUGAGCACAGGAGCCCACUGGCACAAGCGCCGCAAGAUCCUGACCCCAACCUUCCACUUCAACAUACUGAAGAACUUCGCCAACGUCAUCGAGGAGAAGACACAGGACCUGGUGAAGAGUUUGAAGAAGAAGAACGGAGAAGAUGUCAGCUUGAUGCCAACGAUCAGUGAUUUUACGCUGUUCACUAUUUGUGAAACAGCAAUGGGCACCAAACUAGACGACGACCAAACAUCAGCUACAGUUGACUACAAGAACGCGGUACUCAACAUUGGAAUGCAAAUGUUAAGUCGCAUUACAAGAAUCUGGCUCCACAACGACUUUGUCUUCAAGAAUACUUCACGAGGAAGGGAAUUCGGAAGAACUCUAGAAGUUGCUAAGACCUUUGCAGAUAAUGUUAUCAUGGAUAGGAAAGCUACUAGAGAACAGAAUAAAGUUAGCGUGGAAGAAGAAGUGAAUGAUAUUGGAACUAAGAGGAGAUUGGCUAUGCUGGACUUAUUGCUAGAAGCUGAAGAGAAGGGGCAGAUCGAUAUGGAAGGUAUCAGGGAUGAGGUCAAUACUUUUAUGUUUGAGGGUCACGACACUACAGCUUUGGCUCUGACCUUCGGUUUGAUGCUGCUGGCUGAUUAUGAAGAUGUUCAGGAGCGUAUCUACGAGGAGUGUCAGAGCAUAGUCGGGGAGUCGGAGCACGUCACCAUGUCUCAUCUCGCAGACAUGAAGUACUUGGAGGCAGUUAUCAAGGAAACCCUGAGGCUGUACCCUAGCGUGCCUUUUAUAGGCCGGGAGAUCGUUGAGGACUUUAAAUUGGGUGACCUGCUAGUAAAGAAAGGCUCAACAGUGGACGUCCACAUCUACGAGCUACAUCACCGCGAGGAUCUGUUCCCUGAUGCAGAGGCGUUCAAGCCGGAGCGCUUCCUCACCAAUGAGCUGAAGCAUCCUUACGCUUAUGUGCCUUUUAGUGCUGGACCUAGGAAUUGUAUUGGCCAACGCUUCGCCAUGCAAGAAAUGAAGACGACUUUAAGCGAGAUAGUGCGUAACUUCAAGCUGGUUCCCAAGGUCAAGGGCGCGCGACCCAGGAUCAUGGCCGACCUUGUGCUCAGACCCGUUGACCCUAUCUAUGUCAAGUUUAUUCCACGCAAAUAAGUAU